UGAGCAAUCUUCUCCAACUCGUCAGAGUCGGUCGGAACUCAGAAACUCAGAAGAGAGUGAGCGAGAGAGGAAGAGGAAAGAUAACAAAGAGAGUUGAACGGUGCCGUUUCGCAAGCCAUCUUCUUCCACGAGCCGAAAAAGCUUCGUCCCAAAACCUGCAACUUUCUCUGGAUGGAGGGAAGUUUUGCUCAUGAGCUCUACUCAGAAAGUUUAAGCCUAUCAAAAAUACAAUUGGAUGGUGAACCCAGUGCAAACAGUAUAGAAAGUGAUCGACAAGACCAUGAUAGGGUUGAAUCGUGUGAUGAAGAUGGAUCUUGGUAUGCUUCUGACGAUGAAUUGCAUGAACAAUCUGCUUUGCGCCGGGAAUGGCAGCGGAGACAUAACCAAUACCAUACGACUGGUUACCGUGAUGGUGUAAUAGCAGGAAAAGAAGCUUCUUCACAAGAGGGAUUUAAUAUUGGCUUUAAGAAAUCAGUCCUUGUUGGGUACAACUGGGGUCUUGUCAGAGGUGUAACUAGUGCGCUGGCUUGCCUUCCAGAUGGUUUAAAGGAGAAGUUGAUUGAAACAGAAGAACAACGAAAUGGAUUUCAAAGAUUGUUUGAAUCUGUGCAUUCUAUUUCAACAAAAGAUGCCCUCGGGUAUUUGUACGAUGAUAUGAUAGCCAAAAAAGAUAGAGAACAGAGUGAAAUUUCUGAUACUACCGGUUCUCUUGAAGUUGGCUCGCCAGAGAAAAUAGCACAUGUUAGCGGCCUAGGCAGUCAAUUUGCAGAACUCCAGUCACUUCUUGUCAAGUGUCCUGCAAUUAACGUACAUCUACCGUAGACGAGAUUAUUGUUGUAAUUUUGUGAGUAUUUAUUUGACAUUUGUGAAUUUAAGUUCUGAGAGUUAUUUGCUAGAGUUCCAUGUGAUAGGAUUCAUAAAUUUUGAGUAGCGUUUCCAAUUGGAUUCAUUCUGUUUAUAUGUGAUCUUGCGGGAAAUCUAAUUAUAAUUGUUUUCUUUUGCUACAA